ACGGUGAUGUUGCUCAGCCGCCACCUGACUGACCGUGUGCGUGGCACUGGAGUCACGGGGGAGGAGUCUGUUACGUCACCGCUGUGCACAUUCACGCUGCAGGAUCCGCACGCACGAACACCUGUCUGUUAUUCUCCGUCCGCGGCACUUUUACGGAGUUGAACCCGCAGCCGGAGUUACGAAGCUCGGACAUUUUAUGUCCUCAUUUGGCGGGAGUGGAGUCGAGCUGCGAACAGGUGUCGUCGAGGAGAUGAACAUGUCCAACGGCAGAGGCGCCAAUGGGGCUGAAAAGAGUUCCGAGCCGCCCCUGAAGGAGUCUCUGGACCAGUGCAUGGAGGCCCUGGACCUGUUCCUCAACAACCACUUCAGUGAAAGUCUGGAGAGACUGCGGCCACGAGUGAACGACAGCAUGUACCACGCUCUCAUCUACGCCACCGUGCUGGAGAUGCAGGCCAUGAUGACCUUCCAGCAUGAUGACAUCACCAACGCCGGAAACACCAUGAAAGGUGCCCAGGAGGUCUGUCAGAGGUAUCGACGGAAAACCAAAUCAGAGGGAGACUCACUGAGCGAAGUGCAGCUUCACGCUGAAGUGUGUUAUGCCGAGUGUCAGCUGCAGAGGGCAGCACUCACCUUCCUCCAGGAUGAGAACAUGGUGAGUUUCAUUAAAGGAGGGAUGAAAGUACGAAACAGUUACAUGAUUUACAAAGAACUUCAUGCUUUUGUCAAAUCUCACAACUACGUGAAAGGACCGAGCCACCUACAGUUAGAAGGAGGAAUUGCAUUUGGAAUUGGGGCUUUUAAUCUGACGCUCUCCCUCUUCCCUCCACGGAUCCUGCGGUUGCUGGAGUUUGCGGGGUUCUCGGGGGACAAGGAGUACGGUCUGUCCCUGCUGCAUGACGGCGCCACGGGGACCAACCUGCGCUCCAUGCUCUGCGCUCUGCUGCUGCUCUGCUACUACACCUUCCUCACAUUCAUCCUCGGCACUGGUGAGGCAGAAGUGGCUGAAGCUGAGAGGCUCCUCAAACCCUUCCAGCAUCGGUACCCGCGGGGGGCCAUUUUCCUGUUCUUCGCAGGCAGGACUGAGGAGAUCAAAGGGAACAUUGAUGAGGCGGUGGCGCUCUUUGAGGACGGCUGUAAAGCCCAGCAGGCCUGGAAGCAGUUCCACCACAUGUGCUACUGGGAGCUGAUGUGGUGCUUCACCUACAAACGGGCGUGGAGGAUGGCCUACUUCUACGCCGACCUCCUGAGUCAGGAGAGCCGCUGGUCCAAGGCCAUGUACAUGUACAUGAAAGCUGCGUACCUCAGUAUGCUGCCUCGGGAUGAAGCCCGGCCGUUUGGAGAGGACGAGGUAGACCUUUUCAGACAAGUUCCCAGAUUCAAACAGAGGAUAGCAGGGAAAUCCCCCCCGACGGAGAAGUUUGCUAUCCGUAAGGCCAGACGCUACAAGGCUUCCUGCCCAGUCAGGCUGCCAGUGCCAGUGCUGGAGAUGAUGUACAUGUGGAACGGCUUCAGUAUGAUCAGUAAACGUCCAGAGCUGACGGAAGGCAUGCUGCAGACGUUGAUGGACGCAGAGCGCAGCCUGCUGGAGUCUCCUGGUAAUGCAACUUGUGGCUUAGACUCUCCUCAGUAUUAAACUUCCCAUUA